GUUUGGAAAUCGCGCUGCUGGGCUCUGUGCGCCGCAUGGACGCGGUCGGUGUACCUGGUUCAUGGAGAUCAAGAGCGACUCUCCCUGGUACCUCUCCUGGACUUGAUCAGCCACUGGACCCCCUCGGAGGCGACGGCCGAGGCCUGGUCCUGCUUCUACGAGCUGCGAUCGGAUGCAGUGGAAGUGAUUGCCGAAAGGUCCAUCGCCCGCGGCGAGGAGCUCACUUUACUUUUCGGCCACUUCUCGGAUGCCGAGCUCCUCUGCAGCUAUGGCAUUCCUGCUGGCGCACCGGCCAGGAAUGCCUUCGAUGAAGCUGGGGUCGCCAUUGGCCCAUAUGUUCUCAUGUCGCCUCCGGAUCCGGAGCAGCCAAGGCCUCCAGAUCCAUCACUUGUGUCUGCGCGGGCGGCAUGUCUGACACGACAUGGCUGGUCCAGCUUGGAUAGCUCCCUGCUUUUCACAUUGCCGCAAGACUUGCGUCCUUCGGGUGGUAUGUUGGCGUUGUCGCGAAUUCUCGCACUGAAGUCUGCUGAAGAGAUCACGGAGAUGGAAGACGUGAUCUUCUGGAUGGACACGCCAGGUGCGGAGGCGCCGAAGCGUCUUGGCCGAGGGCUUGCUGAGCAAAGCUGGCGACGAGUUGAGGGGUGGCUGCAGGAGGCGCUCUCCAAAGCCACCAUGAAAGCCUCGGACUACACAGACGAGAUGUCGGAUUGGCUUGACCAGGACCAGCGGCGGCUAGCAGAAGCUGUUUGCUCUGUGCUUGUCGGUGAAGCUGCCGUGGUCGCUACUGCGCUGGAGGCUGUCGAGAAACGUCUCCAGCGCAUUCAGCGCCAGAAGGGGAAGGCCCCGAGUGCCGAAGCCUGGCGGCGGCGCCAGGAGCGACGGCGCGAGGCAUGGUCCGUCGAAGUCCGACGAGUGGACCCAUUCGACGAAGCGGAUGAU